AAGGAAAAAUAGAAAAAAAAAAAAAAACGAAAUUGGAGCGGAAGUCCCCCGCGACCAAAGAAUGAGGAACCUCGGAGGGCGCACGUUAACGAACAGCGCACCCCCGGCGCACGUUAGCCCAUGCCCCUCACCUCCCACUGCUCACCUCCACACCGUCUCUGCCAACGCUUCUCCUUCUCCUUCUCCUUCUCUCCCUGCGCCCUCCCUUACCCUUCCUUAUCCCCAACUGCUCCUUUCUCCUCCUUUUUUUCCCUCCUCGCCCUCCUCACUCCCUAGGGUUAGGGUUUGGUUCUGGCCUGCUGAUCAGUCCCCCCGCGUCGGCCGAACUCCCCAUGUGAUUGUCCAGUCAAAGGCAUGGACCCCAAGAGGCAGGCCAAGGACUCGUUCUCGUACUCGAAUCUGUUCAACCUCGAGCCGUUGAUAAACUAUCAGCUACCUGUGCACGAUGAUGAUUUCGACUAUUACGGGAGUAGCAGCCAAGAUGAGAGCAGAGGUAGCCAAGGUGGAGCCUUAGGCAAACAGAGCAAUGGUACGAUGCCUGGGAGGGAAUCAAAAUCGGGCUCGUCUAAAAAGAAAAGGCGAAGUUAUGAUAGUGACGAGGCAGAUGAGAACGGAUUCCUCGGGAUGCACAUAACUGAGGAUCGGUACCGGGCAAUGCUAGGUGAACACCUUCAGAAUUACCAGAGGAGGCCGAAGGAUUUCUCCUCAACUCCUGCAGCGACCCGGACGGGAAUUCCACCUCCAAGAACCAGUCGUUCGGGUUCAAAGACCCGUAAAUCAGUUAUUGAGCAGCGAGGAAGUAUGUAUGAUUUGGAGAAUGUGCCAGAAUGGCCCAAUGUCAGUACUCUCAAGAGUCUUGGGAAUGGUCAUGAAAUGGAUUUUCCACUGACACGUCGAUCGGAUAGAGUAUUCUAUGAGCCUGCAUACUUGGAUAUUGGUGAUGGAAUAACGUAUAAGAUCCCUCCAACUUAUGAUAACUUGGCGGCUUCAUUGAAUUUGCCAAGCUUUUCAGAUAUUAGGCUGGAGGAAUAUCAGUUAAAGGGUACCCUGGAUUUGGCUUCCUUGGCAAAACUGAUGGCUAGUGACAAGAGGUUCGGACCUAGAAACAGAGCUGGGAUGGGGGAGCCUUGGUCCCAAUAUGAGUCACUUCAGACGAGAAUGAAGGCCUCUAACUCGGGGCAGAAAUUCUCUCUAAAAGUAUCUGACAUGCCCUCUGUCCCUGAAGGAGCAGCUGGAAAUAUAAAAAGGUCUAUUUUGUCUGAAGGUGGUGUAUUGCAGGUGUAUUAUGUGAAGGUUUUGGAGAAAGGGGAUACAUAUGAAAUCAUUGAAAGAAGUCUACCUAAAAAGCCAAAGUUGAAAAAGGACCCUGCUGUGAUUGAAAGGGAGGAAAUGGAGAAGAUUGGAAAAGUUUGGGUGAACAUUGUGAGGCGAGACAUACCGAAGCAUCACAGGAUGUUUACAACCUUUCACCGCAAGCAACUGAUUGAAGCCAAGAGGUUUUCUGAAGGCUGCCAAAGAGAGGUACGGCUGAAAGUAAGUAGAUCACUCAAAUUGAUGAGAGCAGCUGCGAUUCGCACCAGAAAAUUGUCCAAAGACAUGCUGCUUUUCUGGAAGAGAAUAGAUAAAGAGAUGGCUGAAGUUAAGAAGAGGGAAGAGAGAGAAGCAGCUGAAGCUUUGAGACGUGAACAGGAGCUUCGAGAAGCAAAGAGGCAACAACAGAGGCUCAAUUUUCUUAUACAACAGACAGAAUUGUAUAGUCACUUUAUGCAAAAUAAACCUAAUGCUCAGCCCUCUGAAGUUUUGUCCAUGGGUGAUGAGAAGCCAAAUGAAGUGGAAGCUGUUGUCAGUGCUGAGGAUGGACCUAGUGAGGAAGAGGAUGCUGAGGAUGCUGAACUGAAGAAGGAAGCUUUGAGAGCUGCUCAAGAUGCUGUCUCAAAGCAGAAAAGGUUGACAAGCGCCUUUGAUACUGAGUGCCUGAGACUGCGGCAAGCUGCUGAUUCCGAGGUCCCUUUAGAAAGUGACACCAUGGUUGCAGGGUCAAGUAACAUAGAUCUUCAGACCCCAUCUACCAUGCCCAUUACAUCAACAGUCCAGACGCCAGAGUUGUUUAACGGAAGCCUUAAAGAAUAUCAGUUAAAGGGUCUCCAGUGGCUGGUUAAUUGUUAUGAGCAGGGCUUGAAUGGAAUACUUGCUGAUGAGAUGGGGCUCGGAAAGACCAUCCAGGCGAUGGCAUUUUUGGCUCAUCUUGCCGAGGAGAAGAAUAUAUGGGGACCUUUCCUUGUCGUGGCACCUGCUUCAGUUUUGAACAACUGGGCUGAUGAAAUAAGCCGAUUUUGCCCUGAUUUAAAAACUCUUCCGUAUUGGGGUGGAAUUCAAGAACGAACAGUGCUUAGAAAAAAUAUUAACCCAAAACGACUUUACAGAAGGGAUGCUGGAUUUCACAUUCUCAUUACCAGUUAUCAACUGCUUGUUUCUGACGAGAAGUAUUUUCGUCGUGUCAAGUGGCAAUAUAUGGUACUGGAUGAAGCACAGGCAAUAAAAAGUUCCAGCAGUAUAAGGUGGAAGACACUUCUAAGUUUCAACUGCCGGAAUCGCUUGCUUCUAACGGGUACCCCGAUCCAAAAUAAUAUGGCAGAGUUGUGGGCUCUUCUGCAUUUCAUUAUGCCAACCCUGUUUGAUAGUCAUGAACAGUUCAAUGAGUGGUUCUCAAAAGGGAUUGAAAACCAUGCAGAACAUGGGGGUACUUUAAAUGAGCACCAGCUGAAUAGACUGCAUGCAAUUUUGAAGCCAUUCAUGUUGCGGCGAGUAAAGAAGGAUGUCAUUUCUGAGCUUACCAGAAAAACAGAGAUUACUGUUCACUGCAAAUUGAGUUCUCGGCAGCAAGCCUUUUAUCAAGCAAUUAAGAAUAAAAUAUCUCUUACUGAGUUGUUUGAUGGUAGCCGUGGCCACCUUAAUGAGAAGAAAAUUUUAAAUUUGAUGAACAUUGUCAUCCAACUUAGGAAGGUCUGCAACCACCCGGAGUUGUUUGAAAGGAAUGAAGGAAGCACAUAUUUCUACUUUGGAGAAAUUCCAAAUCCUCUUUUGCCUCCGGCCUUUGGUGAGUCGGAGGACGUACACUACUCAGGAGGCCAAAAUCCUAUAACAUACAAGAUUCCAAAGCUGAUACAAAAAGAAAUGCUCCAUGGGCCUGAAACUCUUGACUCAUCUGAUCAGCAUGGUUUACAUCGGGAAUCAUUUGAGAAGCAUUUUAACAUAUUUUCUCCCAAUAAAGUAUACCGGUCUGCAUUUACUGAGGGAAAUGAGCAGCUUAUUCAAAGUGGAGCAUUUGGCUUUACUAGAUUAAUGGAUCUGUCCCCAGCUGAAGUUGCUUUUCUAGGAACUGCUUCUUUUAUGGAGAAAUUAUUGUUUUCCAUAUUGAGAUGGGAUCGGCAGUUUCUAGAUGAAAUUCUUGAUUUGCUUAUGGAAACAGUUGAUGACGACUUGAGUAAUCUUGGAACGGGAAAAGUGAGAGCAGUAACCAGAAUGUUGCUUAUGCCAUCUAGAUCAGAAACUAGCUUGCUUACUCGGAGGUAUAGUACAGGCCAUCCAGAUAGUCCAUUUGAGUCUUUGGUAUGCUCUCAUCAGGACAGGCUUCUCUCCAACAUCAGACUUCUUCAUUCAACUCACACAUUCAUUCCACAAACCAGAGCUCCUCCGAUAACUGCUCACUGCUCCGAUAGAAACUUUGCUUACAAAGCCAUGGAAGAAUUACAUCAUCCUUGGAUCAAGAGAUUGUUUAUAGGGUUUGCUCGCACAUCUGAGGAAAACGGACCUAGAGAACCUGUUGGUGUGCCUCAUCCAUUAAUUCAUGAGAUCGAUGCUGAGCUACCUGUCUCUGAGCCUGCUCUUAAGAGCACGUAUAGAAUAUUUGGUUCUUGUCCACCAAUGCAGAGUUUCGACCCCUCCAAGUUGCUUACUGACUCUGGGAAGCUCCAAACACUGGAUAUACUUUUGAAGCGCUUGCGAGCUGAAAAUCACCGUGUUCUCUUGUUUGCUCAGAUGACGAAGAUGCUAAAUAUUCUCGAGGAUUACAUGAACUAUAGAAAGUACAAGUAUCUCCGAUUAGAUGGAUCCUCCACUAUUAUGGAUCGUAGAGACAUGGUCAGAGACUUCCAACAUCGGAAUGAUAUUUUUGUGUUCUUGCUAAGUACGAGAGCUGGUGGACUAGGCAUUAACUUGACAGCAGCUGACACCGUCAUAUUCUACGAGAGUGAUUGGAAUCCAACUCUUGAUUUGCAGGCAAUGGAUAGAGCUCAUCGUCUAGGCCAGACAAAGGAUGUCACUGUCUAUCGGUUGAUCUGUAAAGAGACAGUUGAAGAAAAGAUUCUGCAAAGAGCCAGUCAGAAAAAUACCGUUCAACAGCUUGUAAUGACUGGUGGUCAUGUACAGGGCGAUCUAUUGGCUCCUGAGGACGUUGUAUCUUUACUUCUCGAUGAUGCUCAAUUGGAGCAAAAGUUAAGAGAGAUUCCUCCACAGGCUAAGGAUCGACAAAAAAAGAAGCAGACAACAAAGGCUAUCCGAUUAGAUGCUGAAGGCGAUGCUUCUUGGGAGGAUUUUGCAGCCAUUGAAGGCGAGGGGAAUGGAGUUGAACCCACCCCCGAUGCAGACCAAUCAAAGUCGAGUAACAGAAAGAGAAAAGCUGCCUCUAACAAGCAAAGUGCACCGAAAUCAAGAAACAACCAGAGGAUGGUGAACGAAUCUAGCUCAUCACCAGCAGAAUACACCGAUUGGGAUGAUCCUCUUCAAAACGAUGACCCUCCUUCCCAAAAACCUAAGAGGCCAAAGAGGCCAAAGAGGAGCGUCAAUGAGAACAUCGAGCCUGCAUACACUGCUGCUCCCCCUUACGAGCAGACCCAGUAUGGGUCUCUCCAGGAGCUAGGUUCUGGUGGUCCCGCAUCCAACAAUCUGCUAACUUGAUUCUUUGUGGGGAUGAGGAGAUAACAUGUAAUUUUGUAUGCAUCACUCCUUGGCUUGAGCGCUGCCCUGUCGGUGAAAGAACUGGUUCCACUUUGGCCUUGCUCGGUUGUGGCCAGUGGGGAGAUACAUCGAGAACAGGGUCGAGGGGAAGAUGGAAGAAGCCCGACGUGUAUGGCGGCUGUAUAUAAUAACAUAGGUUCUCGGUUAGGCACUUAUGAUUGUUACGUUAGUUGUAUAGGCAGGGUGUAGCCCAUUUUCCGGCAUGAUGUACAUUACCAGCAUAAUUGGCAAGAUGUAUCUUUCAAGGAUCUGUCAUCUCAAAAGUUGUAGGGGGAGACAAGUUCUCAAAUGAAAAGCCAUUUUUUGUCUCUCUC